ACUUUAACGUCAAAUUAAUUUUCACACGUUGGUAUGAGUGAUUAUUUUAUAUAACCUACAAUUUUAUUUUGUUCCGCCGACAUUUGUGAAAGUUUUAAUAAAAGUGAUGAUAAAAGUUUCAAUAUUAAUAGAAAUUUAUAUUUAAAUUCAUAUUAAAAGUACAAUUCCUGUCGUGAAUUUUUCAUAACAGUUGUCAUUGGCGAAUGUAUAAUCAGUGACAUUUAGUCUUCAUACGUUGGAUUUGAUUAAAUACUUCCACUAGAUAUUUUUAAUCGUAAUUACAAAUAAAAUGUCUCUAUUAAAGAGUCAUAUAAGAAAUUCAGUCUUAAAAAUUUCAAAAAGAUUUCAACAAGUUCAAGCGAACGUGAAUGUGGCUUCUACUCUUCCCAAUGGACCAAUAUUUAGAAAUUGUACACAUUUUCCUGAUAGAAUAGCCGUAAGAGAUCGAAUUGCAAGUUAUACAUAUGCUAAUAUUUUUAUAAGUGCUAACGAGCUUUCAAAAGAAAUCACAAAACUUUGCAAUGGUCGUACUGGGGAAAGAGUCAUGUUUAUGUGCUCUAAUGAUGUAAAUUAUGUUAUAACGCUUUAUGCCAUUUGGAUCUCAGGACAAAUCGCUGUUCCUCUAAGUCCUUUACAUCCGAAGAAUAUUCUUUUGUAUUAUGCCAAUGAUUCUAAUUCUAAACUAUUAAUAUCAGCACCUGAAUAUUCCGAUAUAAUGCAGAGAGUAUCAGUCAAUACAAAUAGUAAUUUACAUGUAUUGGACGAAAAAAUGAAACUUGAUUGUGCUCAGAAAACAAUUUAUAACCGCAGUGAUCUGGAUGGGGGUUUACCAAAUCGUUUUUACGAUUCUAAUAAUGCUCUUAUUUUGUAUACUAGUGGAACUACUGGUUCACCUAAAGGUGUAGUCAUUUCACAUAAAAAUAUUCAGUAUCAAGUGACGACUCUUAUUGAUGCAUGGAAGUGGUCACAAAAUGAUGUAAUCCUUCAUACUCUUCCUCUUCAUCACGUUCACGGAAUUGUCAACGCUCUUUUGUGUCCACUUCAUAUAGGAGCCAAGGCUAUAAUGUUGAAAAAAUUCAAUGCCAACACAGUUUGGUCAUACUUACUGGGUAUAAAUGCCAAACCAGAAGAUAGAAAAAUAUCCGUUUACAUGGCUGUACCAACGAUUUAUUUUAAACUCGUUGAAGAAUUUCAGAAGGUAUUCAAAGAAGAUCCUAAAAUGGUGGAAUAUAUAAAAAAUACAUUGAAAACUAAAAUGAGGCUCAUGAUUAGUGGUUCGGCACCAAUGCCUAAUUCCUUACAUGAAAAAUGGUUACAAAUAUCUGGACAUUCUUUAUUACAAAGAUAUGGAAUGACUGAAUGUGGAAUGGUAUUAUCACAACUUUAUGAUUCGGAAAGAAGACCUGGUUAUGUAGGUUUGCCACUGCCAGGUGUAUCCGCUAGAAUCGUAGAAAAAAAUGAAGAGAGUGGAGAACUGAAUACCAUUCUAGAAUGUGCCAAUGUAGAUGGUGACAUUAAAUUUACAAAGAAAUUUUACAAAAGUGAUAAUCAUCGAGGUGAGCUCUUGGUGAAAGGAGACGGUAUUUUCAAAGAGUACUUCAACAGACCGGAAGCAACCCGAAAAGAAUUUGCUAGUGACGGAUGGUUUAAGACUGGUGAUAUUUGUGAAUAUUCUUCAGAAGCUAGAGAAUUUAAAAUUCUUGGUAGAAAAUCCGUAGAUAUAAUAAAAUCGGGCGGAUAUAAAAUAAGCGCCUUAGAAAUAGAAGCAAAACUUUUACUUCAUCCAGACAUAUCAGAGUGCAUUGUUGUCGGUAUCGACGAUGAAAAAUGGGGUCAAAAAAUAGCAGCGGUUGUGGUUUUAGAUGAAGAAAAGGAACUAACUUUGGAAGAACUGAGAGACUGGGCUCAAGAUAAGAUGCCUCCUUAUUGGAUACCGAGUAUCAUUAAAAUUGUACCUAAAAUACCUAAAAAUGCUAUGGGUAAAGUGAACAAAAAAGAGAUAAUAAAAGCUUGGAAUUAAUUUUUCGCGUUAAAAUAUAUUUAUAAUUUAUCUACAGGUACAGCUUCAAUUUAUGUAUUACCGAAUAUUUAUUUUAUUUACAUUUCAGUUAAGGGAGAUCAAUAAAAAUGGACUGAUUAUAUA